UCUCAACAACGAGAAGUUGUUCGUUGCUAUUUACAUUUACGAUUGCAACAACAAAAUGCCACGAAAUUUAUAUACGCGACAAAUACAUCGAAUAUUUAAGAUAUCGAAGAACUAUAUUUUCCUUUGAUAAUUUAUUAUAGUGACCAUUUACGUAGUUUAAUGUGCAAUGUAUUGUGUCUUUGAUUUAAGAUUCAGUUUAAGAUCAAACUACGCAUGUGUUCGAGUGAAUAAAAAGUGGAUAUUAUGAACAAUUGGAAUGUAUAUUUUUAUAAAGUGGUAAUGACAUUUCGUAAUAAGGAUAUCAAUAUUUUUCUUAUCACAUUAAACACAUGAAAUAAGAAGUGUCCGGAAAUAGUCUCCUAAAUAAUACGAAAUUAAAUAUAUAACCUCAAAAUGAGUUACAAUAAGAAAGUAUCAUAUUUUUACAAUCCGGAUGUGGGAAACUUUCACUAUGGUCCUGGACACCCAAUGAAACCUCAUAGAUUGUCUGUAAUUCAUAGUUUAGUUCUUAAUUAUGGUUUACAUAAAAAAAUGCAAAUUUACCGUCCUUAUCGUGCGAGUACUCACGAUAUGUGCCGGUUUCAUUCUGACGAAUAUGUGGAGUUUUUACAAAGAGUAACGCCACAAAAUUUACAAGGAUAUACAAAAUAUCUUAGUCACUUUAAUGUGGGAGAUGACUGUCCUGUUUUUGAAGGACUCUUUGAUUUUUGUUCUAUGUAUACUGGGGCAUCUUUAGAAGGAGCUACAAAAUUAAAUAAUAAUUGUUGUGACAUUGCAAUCAAUUGGAGUGGAGGUUUACACCAUGCUAAAAAAUUUGAAGCUUCAGGCUUUUGUUAUAUAAACGAUAUUGUAAUCGCAAUUUUAGAAUUAUUAAAAUAUCAUGCUAGAGUAUUAUAUAUAGAUAUUGACGUCCAUCAUGGAGAUGGUGUACAAGAAGCAUUUUAUCUUACUGACAGAGUUAUGACAGUUUCCUUUCACAAGUAUGGCAAUUAUUUCUUUCCUGGAACAGGAGAUAUGUAUGAAAUAGGAGCAGAGAGUGGUAGAUAUUAUUCUGUAAAUGUACCAUUGAAAGAAGGUAUAGAUGAUACGUCUUACGUACAAGUAUUUAAACCUGUUAUCUCGCAUGUGAUGGAGUUUUUCCAACCAACUGCAAUUGUAUUACAAUGUGGUGCAGAUUCUUUAGCGAAUGAUAGGCUUGGAUGUUUCAGUUUAAGUACAAAAGGUCAUGGAGAAUGUGUAAAAUUUGUUAGAGACUUACAUGUACCUUUACUUACUGUUGGUGGGGGUGGUUAUACCCUUCGUAACGUGGCACGUUGUUGGACAUAUGAAACAUCUUUACUUGUUGAUGAACAGAUCAGCAAUGAAUUACCUUAUACUGAAUAUUUAGAAUAUUUUGCACCAGACUUUACAUUGCAUCCUGAAGUUGUCACUAGACAAGAUAAUGCAAAUAGUAAACAGUAUUUAGAGGCAAUAACUAGACACGUUUAUGAUAAUUUAAAAAUGAUACAACAUUCGCCAAGUGUUCAAAUGCAAGACGUUCCAUGUGAUGCAUUACCACCAGAAGAAGAGAGGCAACCGGAACCAGAUCCUGAUUCAAGACAAAAUGUUCAAGACACGGAUAAAAUUAUUGAGCCAACUAAUGAAUAUUAUUCGGGUGAUAAAGAUCAAGAUAAAAUGGAUGUGAGCGAAACAUGAUGAAAACAAAAGAGAUCAAAUUUUUCAAAUGAAUAAAUGACAACUUCAAUUCUGAUGCUUGAUGAUUUUUUUUAAAUCAAUCACAUAAGAUUCAUAUAAUCAGUUACAAUAAAUAUACUAAAUAAAGUCAAUUGUAACAACUAAAAAACUUCAGAUUAUCAUAUAUUGUAAUAUAGUCACAUAUUGUCUCUUUGUAAAUAUUGUUUUGAUCAUACAAUCUAACCUAUUUUUAGCUAUCUAACGACUGUAAUAUAAAAUGAUUAAAUUAUAUCUUUUACGUAAACGAAUGAUAUUUUUCUUUGUCGCAAAUAAUAUUUGAAAUUAAAAAAAAAUAUAUAUAGUUUUUUAAAUAUCCAUAUAUCAGGCAAGUUUAUUGUUUUAUAUCAGACAGCAUAUUGUCUAUAUUAAUAUAACAACGACGACAAGGACGAUAUUAAUAUUAGCGCUAAUAAUAAGAGCAAUAACGAUAACGUCUGUAUCUCUGUAUCGGGGCUACCUUCCUAUAUCACAGAGAACUUAGCCUUUAAUCAUUUUUUUCCUAUCUCAUUCAGUAAAAUAGAACAUAAACAAUCUCUUCUAAUAUGCUGCUUUGCUUCAUAGUAGACUAAACAUGACUAAUUCAAUAAAUUAGAUAUCUUAAAUUAAGGCGCUUAGUUCUGUACAUCGUUCGUAAACUUUACAAAAGUAUUUCGAAAAAUAAUCCAAGUACAAAAAUACAGUAUGAGGAACGCAAAUACUUGACAUUUAUUAUUUGCAAAUAUGCAAGACUCUAUGAUGUAAACAUGCAUUUUCAUAUAUGCAAUGCAUACCAUAUUGCAAAGUGUAUAGCAUAA